AUGAUCACUCCCCCACUAUCUCCUACCGACCAGGACAAUUUCAAACCAUAUUCUUCCACCAGUCGCCUGAUUCUUGUCUCUAACCGUCUUCCCGUGACGAUCGACCGCUCUGACGAUGACCGGAUCCAAUACCAUAGGUCAUCUGGUGGCCUCGUGACGUGCAUGAGUGGCCUUAGACCAAAUCAGGCCUCCCGCUGGUAUGGCUGGCCAGGGUCUGUAGAGCCUCAUCAGAACUGUGAAAUACGAAAAGACUUGAUGCGAGACCAUGGAGCAGUGCCGGUGUUCCUAGAAGAAGAUUUGGCCUCCAAGCACUACAAUGGCUUUUCGAGUAUGUUCGAAGCUACAUUGCAAGCGAUUGCCAUUGACAACAUCAAAAUAGAUUCCGUAUUGUGGCCAGCUCUACACUACCAAGACAGCAUGAUCAACUUCAAUAAUUGCGACUGGGAAGCUUACCAGAAAGUGAACCGCAAAUUCGCGGUCGAGAUCGCAUUCAACGCUGUCAACGGCGAUAAUGUAUGGGUCCACGACUACCACUUGAUGCUUCUCCCGCAAAUACUGCGGGAAGAAGCUGAGAAAAGGGGCAUGCAGCUUGUGAUUGGCUUUUUCUUGCACACCCCCUUCCCCAGCGGCGACAUGUUCCGAGUUCUCCCAGUCUGGAGAGAACUUCUUGAAGGGGUAUUACACUGCGACCUGAUUGGAUUUCACGCUCCGAGCUACAAUGCCAAUUUCAAACGAGCCUGUAGCGACCUCUUGAAGCUGACUGAAUCUCCAAUGGGUGUCUCCUUUCGCGACCGCUUGGUCCGAACGGGCGACUUCCCUAUCGGGCUCGACCCGAAGAAGAUCCUCGACUGUCUGCAGAAGCCCGAAGUCAAGACACGCAUCGCAGCGCUCACGGAACAGAAUCCAGGCAUGAUAUACAUCAUCGGCGUGGACCGCCUCGACUACAUCAAGGGCAUCCCACAGAAGCUCGACGCGCUUGACCUGUUCUUCGAAGAGCAUCCCGAGAUGGUGCGGAAGGUGAUGAUGAUCCAAGUUGCCGUCCCGAGCAGAGAAGGUGUUCUGGAAUACCGCACACUGGCGGCGCGGAUACACCAAAGGGUCGAUGAGAUCAAUGCCAAAUACGGUACUCCUAACUAUCAGCCCAUCAAACUCUUGCACCGGUCCGUCAGUUUCGAAGACCUCGUCGUCCUCUACGCCUCCUCAGACGUCUGCCUUAUUACCUCGAUCCGCGACGGGAUGAACCUGGUCUCCUACGAGUACAUCGCCUGCCAAAAGGAUCGCCACGGUGUCCUGAUGCUCUCUGAAUUCGCGGGCGCAUCGGAAAGGCUGGCAGGCAGCCUGCUAUUCAAUCCUUGGGACAAGGCGGCCACCGCCAAUGCGAUCUACCGGGCACUAACCAUGGACCUGGGAGAGCGGGCCGCAAAUCACAGGAAGGAAGAGGAGUUUGUCAUGAACAACACCAGGUAUGGAUCUCGCAAAAUGAACUACCCUACAACGCUCUAUGAGCUGACCUGCAAUGAUUCCAGUGCACGUUGGACUGAGAAGUUCGUUGCCGAGUUGAGCAGGCUUGGCCUCGGUAGUUGA